AUGGCUGGAGUACCCGGAAGCUCUGUUCCCACUUCCAAUGAGGAGUUGAGUCCAGAAGAGGUAGCUUUAAAGAAGGAAAUCGCCUCCCUUAAAGCCCAACUCGAAGCUGCAAGGAAGGAAGUUGCAGAUACAGAUUUUUAUACAAUGACUAAGGAUGUUGUCGAACUUGGACGGUUGAAGUUCAAAUUUCGCAAAACUCUCCGCGGUCAUAUCGCAAAAGUGACUUCUGUUAGAUGGGCUUCAGAUUCUCAGUUAAUUCUUUCUGCUGGCCAGGAUGGUAAACUUAUCGUCUGGGAUGGAUAUACUGCUAAUAAGGUACGUAUGAUUCCCCUUAAAACUGCUUGGGUUCUCGGAUGUGCAAUUGCCCCCAGUAUGCAACAAGUUGUGAGUGGUGGUUUGGACAAUCUUAUCACUGUUUUCAGUCUCACUUCCCCUGAAGGUACUCCUGCUCAAUUAACUCAAGAACUCUCCGGACACAGUGGAUAUAUUUCCAGUUUAGAUUACAUCGAAGAAACAAAACUCCUUAGCGCGUCUGGUGAUAAAACUCUCGGAUUAUGGGAUAUGCAAAAAGGAAAAUUAAUUUCCACCUUUACCGGUCAUACAAAUGAUGUCAACAGCGUUCGCGUUUGCCGUGCAAAUAAGAAUCUUGCUAUUUCUGUUUCUUCCGAUUAUACAUGUCGCACAUGGGAUAUACGGACAGCUAAAUGCAGCCAACUCUUUGAGGGACAUGAACAGGACGUUAACGGAGUGGAUGUUUUCCCAAAUUCUCAGGCCUUUGUUACUUCAUCUGAUGAUACAUCUUGCCGACUUUGGGAUAUUCGAUCAGACCAAGCUGUUGCCGCCUAUGUGGAUGAGAUUAUUCAAUGUGGAAGUACUUGUGUAGCACUUUCUCGAUCAGGACGAGUGCUGUUUGCCGGUUAUGACGACUUCAAUUGUCAUGUUUGGGAUGUGCUACGGGAAGAACGGGUUGGAAUUAUGUCUGCUCAUGAUGCUCGUAUUUCCUCUUUAGCCGUGAAUGAAGCUGGAAAUGCUAUAGUUACAGGCUCCUGGGAUUCCUUGUGCUAUAUCUGGACUGCUAAGUGA